AUGCUGCACCGAGAAGACUCAUCGAAUCAGUAUACCUCGUUUUACGUUGCUACAGCACCGCCUUCAAAUGCAUCUCCAUGGAAUCAAAAAUCGGAAGAAUGCAAUGCGGCUAAUUGGGCUAAAGAUUCGUUAGCGACCAACACAAUUAACGAGGCGUUAGCACAGACAAUCAAUACAUCCCAUCUGUCUGAAGCUAGUUACAUUAGCGAACCCACGCCUAUGGAAGUCGACGAUGAACUGGAAGCCAAAGAUAGACAGCUUUGUCCCCGUAUAUAUUUUGAUAACGCUGACGAUAAGUUCGGUUGUCCUCAAACAUACGAAGAAGAACUUGAAGUGAAUUCUGAUAAACAAGUUCAAGGUUUUCCAGUGCGCGAUGAAGGAGAAAACGACUUACCGAAUUUCAGACAAGGCUCUUCUUGGUCUUCUUCUUCGUCUGAUUCUUCAUUUGGAUCAAGUGAUAGUUUGGAUCAAUACGAUUGA